AUGUGUCUCGUGCCCCUGGUCUUCACAUUGCUAAAUGCCGGUGUGUACUGGCAGCUCAGGAAGGCCUCACAUGCAAUCCACCUUCUGGCCAUCUGCGCCGGUGACGGCAUGUGCACGGUGAUGUUCCUGGUGUUGUUCCUGACCGCCCUGUGGCAGCCACCCGACUCACCCAUCUACCAGAUGGUGAGAUGGUACCUGGUCACCUACUUCGCGAGCAGUUCUCGCCGAGCCGCCAUCUGCCUCAACGUGCCCGUGACUUUAGAACGCUUUCUCGCGGUCGCCUUCCCUCUGAAAGACUUCUCAAAACGAGUGGCUGGCAAACCGAGACUCAACGUCUUGGCUGUCUUCCUUCUGACGUUCGCUGCGCAUGUGUACGUGCUGCUGGAGUACCACGUGGUGAUAGAGGCUGACGGUAAGGGGAAGACAGUGCGCACGAGCAUAUCCAUCAACAAUUCCUACAUUUUUCUGGUCACCGCCAACGUGGUAACCGUCUUGUUCUCAUAUCUUCCCGUCGUCCUGGGUCUUAUCCUUAACCUCGCUUUGGUGAUCGUGUUGCAUAGACAUAGGACCAGCACCAAAGGUCUCAGACUCUCGGCAGGAGGAAUGAAACCAUCGCAACCGCUAGAGAAGUCAAUGUCCUCGGAAGUUAAUAUAGUUUCCAAGCAGCUCGCUUCGAACACGAACGUGUUAGUUACUUCGCACCAGGACAUAAACCGGAAGUCGGAGGUGACGAAGCAAGACCGUAGUCAUGAUACACAAUCUGUGACGACCAUGGUACUCAUCUUCUCCUUCGUCUACAUGGCCACGGCACUGCCACGCCUGGUCCACUUUUCUGCUCGGACUUUGAUACCUCAGUACGGCCCCAGCGCCCAGGAACACAACCUGGACACGGUUCUGGACAUCGUCACUCAGAUCAUCACCCACCUGGCGGAGGUGCAACAGUUUUGCUUGUCUUGCAUCUACAGCCGCCAGUUUCGCAUCGGGGCAAGUCGUUUGUUCGUCGUUCGAUAUUUUUGCAGGAGCUGGGCCAUGAGACAGGACCUGUCAUCGAGCGGAACAACAUCUGAAUCGUCGUACAUCCAGACUAAGGCAAAAUCUAUAGGAAACAAAGAAUGA